AUGGGGAAGAAAAAGAAUGUGUCGAUGACACACGAGGAAAUCUGGGAUGAUUCUGCUCUAGUGCAGUCCUGGGAUGAUGCUGUUGAAGAAUACCAGCUCUAUCACAGCAUUCACGCCAAAGGAGAGAAUGUGGAAGAUGUUUUGAAAGCUGCUGAGUCCAGCUCUGUGGCUGAGCCUGAGGUGGUCGGAGAGGCAGAAAUUCACGCAGAGGAUGCUGUGAAUCCCGAGAGUGAGGAUGUUGCUAUGAUCAUAGAUGAAGGCACAUCUGAGCCUAGUACACAGGGUCUGCUUCCUCAGCCUGUUCCUACCUCCACCGCUGAGGUUCCAGCUGCUACCCUCCCCAUGCCUCACCCUGUGAUGGCCAACGGUAUGUCCGAAUUUGAGACACAUGGAGAUCGAAUGCUAAUUCUACCAGUCAAAGACGAAGCCUUGAAGAACCUCAUGAUGUCUUGGUACUAUGCGGGGUACUACACUGGACUACAUGAAGGUCAGCAACAAGCCAGCCAGGGGAAGAGCUCAUAA